AUGUCGGUGGCAGAGGGAAAGGCACGAAGUUCGAUAGAGAAGUCAAAAAAGUGGAAUCUAUGGAAGCUGUUUCCUCACGUUUUUCUCAUACUUUCACUCGUCGGAUAUGCAGCCUUGGGAGCGGUGGUAUUCUGGUACAUAGAGGGAGGGCGUGUGUACAACACAGAAGGGGAAUAUCGUGAGUUUUUGGGUGAACUGGUGCGCACAAUUCAGAAUUAUCCAGAGCGAUGGAAAUAUGAUACAUCCCUGUUCUUCUGCUGUACUGUAUUCACAACCGUGGGUUAUGGAGAUAUCUAUCCGGUGACCCUGAAUGGUAAGGUGGUCUGUAUCCUGUAUGCCAUGGUGGGUAUCCCCCUCAUGCUCCUGGUCAUCACAGAUGUGGGAGACCUCAUGGCCGUGCUCCUGUCCAGGGCCUACAUCCACCUGCACAAUCUCUUCUGCAGGUUGCGUCAAUAUGGCCACUGGCUCCCCUCCCAUCACACAGAGAAGCCAGGGGACGGGGGCCAGGGGGGCCUCCAGGACGGAACCUACACAUUCAGCCACAAGGUGGUGGUCCGGGAGCCCAUCGACAUCCGACAGGUCCUUCACAGCCAGCAGUCUGUGAAGCGCAAGCCCAACCAGUUGCUGAACAACACAAAGAUCUUUGACUGCAUCAUUGCACGAGAGAACUUCAACAGGCAGGGCCCACUGGUGCGGAGCCUUUCUUGCCAUGAGCUGGACAGCAUGCUUCCCUUGCCCGAGGACUUUGCCAUCUGGGACUUCACAGGCAUCGGGGAGAGUAUGGACAAGCUAAACGUCCCGCUGCUCCUCAUCCUGGUGGUGGUGUUUGCCUACAUCCUGUUUGGAGGCCUCAUCCUGCCCCUGUGGGAGACAGAGUUCAACACCUUUGACGCCUACUACUUUUGCUUCAUCACCCUCACCACCAUCGGCUUCGGUGACAUCGUGCCCAAACACCCCAAGUACUUCAUGCUCACCUUCGUCUUCAUCAUCACAGGCAUGGCCAUCAUGUCCAUGGCCUUCAAGCUGGGCCAGUCACGCAUCGUCAGCUGUUACCGCCAGUGCAUGCGCUGUAUCAGCGGGGGGAAGGUGGAGAGGUAUGACAAUUUGGGGAGCGACUGA